AUGAUGCACAAACAAGAGAGCUUCGGCGACAAGGACCUACUAGCCCAAGGCGACUCUGAUCAUUUCCGAAGCAGUCUGGUGGGUUUCGCAUGCAAGAAGGGACUCAAGCCUGUCAGUCCCAAUCAGGACUCCUUCCUGGUAAUUCGUGUUGAAGGCGACGUGUCCAUUUAUGGCGUGUUCGACGGUCACGGCAAGAAGGGUCACGACGUGAGCAACUUCGUCAAGGAGUACCUCCCCAAGCACCUCGUUGGUCACCCCUCCUUUCGGUCGGACCCUCGUACUGCACUCCGUGAUGCAUUUCUGGCGACCCAGCAGAUGCUCGAAAUGACCACACGUGACGGCACAUUGGACGCUGCUGUUUCCGGGACUACCUGCACGGUCGUCCUUCAUUUCGAGAAGGAUGAUGAUGAGGCCACACCGUCAGGCGGUCAAUGCCUCUACGUCGCCCAUGUUGGGGACAGCCGUUGUGUCCUGGCCCAGAGGAGCUCAGCCAAUGGAAGUCUCCUUGCUGUUGAUCUCACCUCGGAUCACAAGCCAGAUUUGCCGCUAGAGAGAGCCCGCAUCAUUGCACGUGGUGGUGCCGUUCACAAACGCCCACAUGAUGUCAGCCAUCGGGUUUACGUACAAGGCAAACCCUAUCCAGGUUUAGCCAUGUCCAGAGCACUUGGGGACCUCGUUGGUUACUAUGAUGCGGGGGUGUCGGCCGAACCGGAGACCAUCCGUCGGGAACUACAAAAUGAAGAUCAAGAGGAAGCAAACUCUACAGCCCCGAGCUCGGCUGGCGAGGGCACUCCGUUCAUGAGCCCAGCGAGUGAGCCGUCACACCUGUUGCCACCGACGGGUUUUCGGCUGAGUACCGCUAGUAAUAAUAGCAGUUGUGGUCUUCUAAGCCCCAAAGUCGAGAUUGAUAUGAAGCGAGUUGAUCGAAAUAUUGACAAGUUCUUGGUCCUCUGCUCGGACGGCGUGUGGGAAUUUAUUUCAUCUCAAGAGGCAGUCGACAUUGUAUCAAAGUACACACCGCAGCACUCGAUGGAAGCCGCCCAUGACCUGGCUAAGGAGAGCUGGGCACGAUGGAUGCAUGAAGAGGACGGGACUGUAGUGGAUGACAUCACCAGUAUAGUAGUCCACCUCUGAAGAUACUCAAACCGUACGGUUUCACUUAUAUGUACUCUUUGAUGCAGCAUCCGUUUUGUAAUUCCCCAACACUGACGGUUACUACUGCCAAUAUUUGCAUGUGUAUUUAUUCACCUUAAACUACAGACGUUAUAACAUGUACAGUACCAUGAAGCAAGCACAUCUUGAAAAGGAAGCUACUGCAAUGUUAUCAUCUAGAUUGAAGCUCAUGAAAUAUCAUACUCCCUAGUGGGGAAGGUUUCAUUCCCAGUAGCAUGUCU